CGCUUGUCCAUCGCGUUCAGUUCGCAACGACACGACGUGGUGUGAGCGCAAUCUGGACCUGCCUUGACGGCUCAUGUGUGGGCGAAACUUUGCACACGCACGUUCCUUUUGAGAAAGGUUUUACACACUGACUCGCGCACACCUUUGUCUUCUCUCUCUUUUCGUCUUUUGUUUUGCGCAUGCGCGCGCUUCCCCUUGCCAGUUUGAUUUGCUUGGUUCCAAACGCCCCUUCCCCCCUCCCCCACCCGUUCCAACACCAGCAGCACCGAGCGACGCACAUUCACGCGUUUGGACCAACCAAAUCGAGGCCCGUAAGUGUCCGAACUACGGCGAUCGCGUGCCUCCAACACCACCAACAGCAGCGACGCCACCUACAGAACACUGGCACCCCAGCACACACACCGCCUCAGCAGGACACCAACGAUGGCUGCCGCGCUCAUGAGAGGCACGGCGGUGGUGGCGCUGGCAACCUUGAUGAUGGUCCUCAGCAGCAGCACCAGCAUGUCCCCAAUUUUGAUGGCGGCUGCGCACGAGGAGGAGGCAAGCAGCACCGCCACGCCCACUCAGCCUUCCGCUGGCGGCGCUAAGCCGAGCGUCCUGACGACCGCCAACCUUCGGGAGAUGGCGCCGGAGGCGUAUGACCAGUACAUGAAGCUGGCGCCCGAGGCAAAGGCGCACGCGAGCGCCAAGCUGGACCGCCUGCGUCUCCCUGCACACGACGGCCAGAGCCUCAAGUUUGCACACACGGGCGAGAUGUACAUUGUGGACAAGUUUCCGGUUCCCGAACCCGUGUCGCAGGACGAAGCGCAUGAGCGCGGUCGCCGCUUCAUCUCCGACCGUCCACCCACGGCAUACGACGCCAACGGCCUGCCCAUCUACCACAGCCGCCCAGGCAUGCGCAAUACAAUUGUGCUUGACUUUGAUGGGCACGUGGUCACCGAUAGCGAGUCGGCGUGGGGCGCAUUCGACGCGCUACCCUUUGAUCCCUCCAACGAUGGCAUCACCUUCUCUGCAUAUGAGCAGUCGCUCAUCGCGCUCAUCUGGGCACGGGUUGCUGAGGACUACGCCCCAUUCCUGGUGGACGUGACGACGGAACCCGUCACCGUGCAGAACCGCACCAUCCUGCACAUGCUCAUCACAUCUGCCACCCAGCGCAGCGGCAACCCCAUGCCGGAGUCCGACGGCGGAGGUGUCGCCUUUGUCGACAUCUUCGACUCGGAUAACACCGUGUACUACUCGCCUGCACUUGUGUUCUACGACCACCUUGAUGACGGGCACAACGCGUACGUUGCCGACGCCGGCAGCCACGAGAUUGGCCACAACCUCGGCCUGGGCCACGACGGCUACUUUGACCAGGAGUACAGCGAUGGCUUCGCUGGAUCAACCACCGAAAACUCAUGGGGCCCAAUCAUGGGCGCACCGUACGACCGGGCCAUAUCGCAGUGGAGCAACGGGCAGUACAGCGGCGCCACCAACAUCCAAGACGACGUGGCCAUCAUCACCGACCAGUUUGGGUCCGUCGCUGACGAGGCAGGGGACACGGCAGCAACGGCUGCGCAGGUCACAGUGAACACUUCGCAGGCGGCGGUGGCCGGCGACAGCGUCGGGUUCACCGCUAGCGGCGUGAUUGCCACGCGCACGGACGCAGACUGGUGGGCGGUGGUGCUGGAUGCCAACGGUGGCAUCAUUGUCACAGCCGUGCCGUGGUACGCCAGCCAGGACAACCCGGGCAACAACCUCGACAUCAAGCUUACGCUGUACGACACAGACGGCACGACGGUGCUUGCAAGCAGCAACCCCAGCGGCACCUCCACGGCGCAGAUUGACCGCGGCGCGUUGCCUGCAGGCACGUACUUCCUGGCCGUCGAAGGCGCAGGCGACCCCGCCGUGUUCACAAGCGACUACGGGUCCAUCGGCCAGUACGAGCUUGACGGCAUCAUUGCCAACGCGGCAGAUGCGGCCGCCAUCACCAGCACCGUCGCCACCACCACCCCGGUGACGUUUGCGUGCACGCCCGACGGGUACGAGCCCAACAAUGACGCCACCAAGGCCACGCCGCUCACCCUGGCACAGGGCAGUGGCAACGCGAGCCUGACGUACUCGACAGAGGUGGGCGGCACCGUGUGUCGCGGGGACGUGGACUUUUUCACGCUGGACGUGUGUGCGGGCGGCGUGCUGAACGUGUCUGUUCUGUUUACGCACAGCGUUGGCGACAUUGACGCUGCGUUGUUCAGUGGGCACUCGCUUGAUGCCAUCGACUUUGCUGCAAGCGCAAACGACCAGGAAGACUUGUCCUUUGCCAACCCUUAUGCCACCAACCUCAGCGUGUCCGUGUCCGUGUUUGGGUACGACGGUGCCGUUGCGCCAUACACCCUGCGCGUGCUGCUGGACUGCAACGCGACGGCCAACGGUGCCAGCGGCAAUUGCAUGCCUGACGCGUUUGAGCCCAACGACGACCUCUCCGCUGCAACGGAGCUUGACAUUGUGGGCGGCAUGAGCGGCGUCAUCAGCGCCAGCGUGUGCUCGCGCGACGUGGACGCGUACAGCGUGGACGUGUGCGCACACGGCACCAUCACGGCCUCCAUCCUGUUUGACGGGUCGCAGGCGGACCUGGACAUGGUGCUCCUCGACGCGAGCGGCGACACCGUUGACACGAGUGAAUCGACGGGCGACCGCGAGCGCGUGCAGACGACCGACACCACCGGCGUUGCCAGCGUGCACUAUGUUGUGGUGUACCCGUACAGCCCGCUCGACGUGGGCGCGUACCAGCUGCGCGUUGAUGUGGCCUGCCCCGGCGACAACACCACCAUGAUGUCGUGCGCGAACGACCUUGAUGAACCCAACGACACGCCCGACACGGCCACCAGCGUGACGACGGUGGGCGGGGUGGCAAACUUCAACGCCACGCUCUGCGGCGGAAGUGACAGCGACGUGGAUGUGUAUGCGGUGGACAUGUGUGCAGGGGCUGGCGGCCGCGGGAGCGUGCUCGUGAAGGUGCGGUUUGACAUGUACGACCAGCAGAGCGGCAGCCUGAUUGAUGUCACGGGAGGCAGCAACAGCAACGCGACGGUGAACGUGACGCUGAUUGACGGUGGACGCCGCGCCACAGGCAGCAUGCUCACCCCGAACGUGGUGUACAUUCUCUACGACAGCCCCAGUGUUGGCGAGCGCGUGUACGUGUCUGUGAGCGGGGCUGGGUCCGCGGUGACCGGCAACACCACCAUCACGUACAGCAUGCAAGUGGUUCUCAACUGCAGCGCGACGUGCGGCGCCGAUGACUACGAGUACAACGACACGCCCGAGACGGCUGCGCCAAUCCCGGUCGGCGUCACCUCCAUCAGCGCGCACGUGUGCGGCCCCGUGAACGAGCGUGAUGCAAUGGACGACCAAGACUUCUACCUGCUCCCAGCCUGCGGCACCGGCCUCAUCACGGUCAAGGUGCUGUUUGACCACGACACGGCCGGCGACCUGGACAUUGUGCUCUUCUCGCCCAACGGGGAUGUGGCAGCCUCCUCCGACUCCACGACGGACAACGAGCGCGUGCGUGUGUAUGCGGACGCGGCGACAGAUGGCGGUGGCGGGCGAUACAUGCUGCUCGUGCACGGGUAUGACCUGAGCGUUGGUGCGCGCGUGCCAUACACCAUCAACCUUGAACUUCUCUGCUCAGGCCUUGGUGGCAGCACCACCACCGCAGCAACGACGACGACGACGACCAAAGCCACGUCUGCCGCCGCCGCAGCCACUCCUGCACUUGCUGUCGUGAACAGCGCUGUUGGUGGCGGUGUGCUGGCCAUGAUGACGGCUGUCGUUGCAUUCCACAUGGGGAUUGUCGUGUAAUGUGUGUGAUUUGUGU